UCCUUGACCUCCGUUGGCGGAUUGCAGACGCGCAUGCCCCGUGUGACGUCACGAAGUUUUGAUAAAGGCUUCUACGCUUCACGAUAAUUCUCCGGUGUAACUUUUCCCUCCAGGAGGUUUUAUCCGAGUCUCUGUGCGAAUGACCGUCCGCGCGGGACACAGACACGUUUCACGCAGAGACCCCGCACGCAGAUCCGGCUCCAUGGAGGUCAUGGACAGCCCGCUCAACCUCGCUCAUCAGCAGUCCCGGAAAGCCGAGCGUUUGGUGGCUGCUGGGAAAUACGAGGAAGCCAUCUGCUGUCACAGAAGAGCAGCAGAUCUUCUCACGGAUGCUAUGAAGACAACAGAGAGCAUCCAGGCUCGUCUGUCCAUGGAGCUGCAGAGGGACAGUCACAUCAAGCAGCAGCAGCUGGUCCAGGAGCGCUGGAAGAGGGAGCUCCGCCGUGAGGCCUCAAAGGCCAGGCCGGGCCUCGCCGCUCAUCUCCAGAGUGGGGCGGGGCCUCUUCCCAAAGGUCCACACUCAGGUCAGCCGCAGGCUCACGGCGCCUCUGAGGAGAGCGCAGAAACCAGGGAGAGGGAGUACGACACCUUACUGUACCAGCUCCAGGUACGGCAGGCCGGCAGCAGCCAGACUCCCACUCCUUCCUGCUCUGGAUCUAAAACCACCAAAGAUGACAAGACCCGCCUGGAGGAACAGCAGACCACCAUCAAGGACCUCCGGCGUCUGGUCGACCACCUGCUGAACGAGAACCAGCGGCUCUCGGUCGACAACGAGCGGCUGCGUUCAGAGAACGCGCGGCUGCAGUCGGAAGCGGCGGACUUCGUGGAGCGCUCGGAGCUCUGGGUCCUCCCACACGCAGGGGGCGCUAUGGGGGCUGGGAGUGGAGCGGAGAAGAAGGUCCCCGGGAAGAGCAAGGAGAUCACGGUCCCUCAGCUGCCGCCGCUGGAGAUGCCGGCUCAGGAAGACCUGUGUCUGGACGACCUGCCGUCCCUGGAGCUGCCCGAGGACAUCCAGAACGAACUGCAGGAGCUGCUGGACAUGAAGUGAUGGCGGCGAGGCGCCAAACUCAUCGCAGAGUUCACGGCUUCCACUCUGAACCCGUGUUUGACAGCCACACUCUGACUGAUGAGGCUUCUGCUCAGGUCAUUUCACACCCUCGUCCAGCAGAUCGGAUCAGGCCGGCCAGAACUCCCACCAGAAACGUCUCCUCACGGGUUCAGAUUUCAGCAGCGAGCUGCAGCUGCGAGUACAGCAGAUCCGUCUGCAGAUCCGGGACUCCCAUCUUCUCCAGAGUCUCGGCUCAGUGAGGACACGGUUCAUCCGUUACGUCUGGCGCCUCAGGUCACUGACCCUGCAGCUUCCCAGCAUCCUCGGGGUCAGAGCCUGGAUCCCCUCUCCUAAUGAUGCAUGUUGGUAGAUGAUGAAUGGCUGUUUUAUUGAGUGAACUGUGAUCAGGACCUCAAAGUGAUGGAAAAUAAACAUUUAUUUGAUCCUUUAUUAAAGGCGCCAGUCGACA